AUGUCUGGAAUUCGCGAAAAAAAAAUGCUGGAUAUGUUGGCCAAGAAUAUUCAAGAAAGUAAAGAGAGUGUACUAGAAAACAAACAAACUGUCAAUGUAUCUUCAGCUAAAAGAACAAAAAAUGAGGAGUCACAAAGUUCCAGUGUAUCAGAUCUUCCUGACCUCAUGCAACAGAGUUCGUUUGAAGUAAUAAGUGUCCCUAUCCCCACAAAUCCAGUGCAAGAUGAUUCAGAAAGUCAUGAUUCUGCGCAACAAAAUUUGUUUGAACUGGGAAGUACCCCUGCCAUUACAAACUCAGUGCAAGUUAAGCCAGGAAGUCAUGACUUGAAAACAGAUAAAGUAAAUCCAUCCGAAAAAGACACUUUGUCUGUUUUAGGCGUACCUACAAGUACGAUACAAAGAAAUACUCCAGAGUCGCCGAAACCAGGACCUUCAAGGCUCUGUCGUAAGAAUUUAAAAUACAAAUUACGAAAUGUAGAUGGAAAAUGUUAUACAAUAUCUCCUAUAAAUAGUGGAGAAAGUGAUUGUGACGACUCCGAUAAAGACCCAAAAUUUUGUGAACAAAAUAAAAAACCUACAUUCCAGGCAACUACCUCGUCUAGCGACUCUUCUAGUGAGGAAGAGGGUUUAACGGAAAUAGUUAACAAAGAAAAUGAAAGUCCAAAUAUAAAAAGAAAGAAAAGAAAAUUGGAUCAAGAAAAUUGGAGCAAUAAGAAAUCGAAAACCAGAAGAAACCUCGGGUUAAGUUAUAUAUCAACAUCAAAAAGUAGACGAAAAUAUCCAGAGAAAAGAAUGUGCCCACCUUGCGGAGAUAAAUGUAAACUCCAGUGUUCUGCAAAAAUUAAUGAAGAGCAACGGCAACAAAUUUUUAGAAGCUAUUGGGCUUUAGGUGAUUCGCACAAACAGAGAUGUUUUAUUGCUGGCUGUAUGAACAGCAUUAAACCUAAGUACAGGUAUUCAUCUACGCAAAAUCACCGUAAUUUAAAUAAUGCUUUCUAUUUUGACCUAAAUGGACGUAUUAGAAUUUGUGAAACGUUUUUCAAGGCGACUCUUGACAUAAAUGACCGCCCAAUAAGAACUGUUCUUGCCAAGAAAAAAGAAACUGGUGUUGUUGAGCCAGAUUUAAGGGGACACAAUUUACAUCCGACUCUACCUUCCGAAAUAAGAGAUGGUGUCCGAAAACAUAUCGAGUGUAUCCCUAAAAUUGAGUCGCAUUAUCUUCGUGCUCAAACCACACGCCAAUAUAUAGAUGCUAGUAAAUCAUUGGCCGAUAUUUGGAGAGAUUAUAAAAAUGCAUGUAUUCAGACUGGAAAACAGUUUGCAAAUUUGUGUAUGUUCAGCAAAAUUUUCAAUAAUGAAUAUAACAUUAGCUUCUAUACUCCAAAAAAAGACCAGUGUGAACUUUGCACCGCGUACACUAACGCAUCGCUAGAAGACAAAGAAAAUUUAAAAACAAAAUUCGAAAAACACCAAAAAGAGAAAGAAUUAUCAAGAGAAGAAAGAAACAGGGACAAACUUAAAAGAGAAGAGGACAGUAAAGAAAGAGGGGACAGUAACGAAAGAGAAAUAGAGGAGAAAGAGAGGAGAAAUAGAGGAGAAAGAGAGAAAAGGGACGAAAGAUUCGUACAUAAAGGAAGAAGAGAAACGAGUCCUAGUAUUAGUCCUAGUAUUAGUCCUAGUAUUAGUCCUAGUAUUAGUCCUAGUAUUAGUCCUAGUAUUAGUCCUAGUAUUAGUCCUAGUAUUAGUCCUAGUAUUAGUCCUAGUAUUAGUCCUAGUAUAAGUCCUAGUAUUAGUCCUAGUAUUCGUCCUAGUAUUAGUCCUAGUAUUAGUCCUAUUAUUAGUCCUAGUAUUAGUCCUAGUAUUAAUCCUAGUAUUAGUCCUAAUAUUAGUCCUAGUAUUAGUCCUAGUAUUAGUUCUAGUAUUAGUCCUAGUAUUAGUCCUAGUAUUAGUCCUAGUAUUAGUCCUAGUAUUAGUCCUAGUAUUAGUCCUAGUAUUAGUCCUAGUAUUAGUCCUAGUAUUAGUCCUAGUAUUAGUCCUAGUAUUAUUCCUAGUAUUAGUCCUAGUAUUAGUCCUAAUAUUAGUACUAGUAUUAGUCCUAGUAUUAGUCCUUGUAUUAGUCCUAGUAUUAGUCCUAGUAUUAGUCCUAGUAUUAGUCCUAGUAUUAGUCCUAGUAUUAGUCCUAGUAUUAGUCCUAGUAUUAGUCCUAGUAUUAGUCCUAGUAUUAGUCCUAGUAUUAGUCCUAGUAUUAGUCCUAGUAUAAGUCCUAGUAUUAGUCCUAGUAUUAGUCCUAGUAUUAGUCCUAGUAUUAGUCCUAGUAUUAGUCCUAGUAUUAGUCCUAGUAUUAGUCCUAGUAUUAGUCCUAGUAUUAGUCCUAGUAUUAGUCCUAGUAUUAGUCCUAGUAUUAGUCCUAGUAUUAGUCCUAGUAUUAGUCCUAGUAUUAGUCCUAGUAUUAGUCCUAGUAUUAGUCCUAGUAUUAUUCCUAGUAUUAUUCCUAGUAUUAGUCCUAGUAUUAGUCCUAGUAUAAGUCCUAAUAUUAGUACUAGUAUUAGUCCUAGUAUUAAUCCUAGUAUUAUUCCUAGUAUUAGUCCUGGUAUUAUUCCUAGUAUUAGUCCUAGUAUUAGUCCUAAUAUUAGUCCUAGUAUUAGUCCUAGUAUUAUUCCUAAUAUUAGUCCCAGUAUAAGUCCUAAUAUUAGUCGAGUUUAUGAGUGGUCAAUAAGAAAUUGA